AGCUGUCCGUUUGUGGAUGAGAGAGAUCAGUCGUUAAGCGCUGAGACAACUGGAUACAAAAUGGCGGCGUGGCUGGGACAGAUGGGAUCACUUUCAUAUCAUGUGUUUUAUUGGCUUUUGACGCUGGAACUGUUAAUCAAUUAUGGCGCACCGUGUCCUCAAAACUGUACGUGUACGCUUGAUACGACCGACUGCAGUCGUUUGGACAUGACUGAUGUCCCUCAAGACUUGCCAAAGAGCACUGUGCAUCUAAAUCUGAGCCACAACAAGCUGACGGCAGUCGAUAUGGACAUCCUCUCCAAUCUGCCCAACCUGAGAGAAGUGAGACUUGACCACAAUGAGCUGACAUCUAUCCCUUCGUUUGGAGACGCCGCAGCAUCGGUCGUUACACUUCUCCUGCACCACAAUAGAAUCCGCAGACUGGAGGGAAGUCUUCUACAGAACUUCUCUGCUCUGGAGACCCUAGAUUUGAGUAAUAAUGACAUCACGGAGUUGAGAGAGCACUGCUUCCCUCUAGGGUUACAAAUCAAAGACCUGCACCUGAGCAGUAAUAAAAUCGUUCAUCUGGAGUUCGGGGCAUUUAAGAAUCUCGCCGGGAGUCUGCAGAUCCUCAGGUUGAGCCGGAACCGAUUGACACACCUUCCUGUUAAAGGCCUGGAGCUGCCCAAACUCACACAACUGGAGCUGAGUAGGAACAGGUUGCGGUUGAUCGAGGGACUCACCUUCCAAGGUCUGAGCAGUUUAGAAGUUCUCAAGCUUCAGAGAAACAACAUCAGCAAGCUGACAGAUGGGGCAUUCUGGGGUCUGGCCCGGAUGAGAGUUCUGCACCUGGACUAUAACAGUCUACGAGAAGUGAACAGUGGCUCUCUGUAUGGUCUGGAGUCUCUGCUGCAGCUCUACCUCGCCAACAAUUCUAUCUCGAAUUUUAACCCUGAGGGUUGGGGCUUUUGUGAGAGACUUCGAGAACUGAAUUUGUCCUAUAAUAACCUGACGAAGUUGUCUGAGGGUAGUUUUGCCAAGCUGGUGAACCUGAUUUCCCUGCGUUUGGGACACAAUUCCAUCAGUCACAUCACUGAAGGAGCAUUCAGAGGCCUCAGCUCCCUGCGCACGCUGGAGUUGGACAACAAUGACAUCUCUGGAACUAUUGAGGACACCAGUGGGGCCUUCACUGGCCUCGAAAACCUCAACAAGCUAACUCUGUUUGGAAACAAGAUCAAGUCGGUGGCCAAGAAAGCCUUCUCUGGCCUGGAGGCUCUGGAGCACCUGAAUUUAGGGGAAAAUGCCAUCCGCUCCAUCCAACCCGAGGCAUUCAGUAAGAUGAAGAACCUGCGCUACCUUCAUAUUCAGAGUGACAGUUUUCUGUGUGACUGUCAGCUGCACUGGUUUCCAGAUUGGCUUCUCACUCGAGGGCUGAACCCUGGUGUUCAGGCCACAUGUGCCCAUCCAGAGAGCCUAAAGGGCACCAGUAUCUACCAGGCCCCACCACAGAGCUUCGUUUGUGAUGACCUUCCCAAACCCCAGAUCACAGUUCACCCAGUCACCACAGCUGCAGUAUUGGGUAAAGACGUGCGUCUGACCUGUACUGCUGCCAGCAGCAGCAGUUCUCCUAUGACCUUCACCUGGCUGAAGGACCAGGAGACGCUCCGCCAGGCAGAGGUGGAGAACUUUGCCCAUGUGCGUGCCAGUGAUGGAGGGGUGAUGGAGUACACUACUAUCCUCCAUCUUCGGCACGUCACCUUCAACCAUGAGGGACGAUACCAGUGCAUCAUCAGCAAUCACUUCGGCUCCUCUUACUCCAACAAGGCCCGCGUCACUGUAAACGUCCUGCCUUCGUUUGUCAAGACCCCACGCGACAUCACCAUCCGCACGGGCACCAAAGCGCGGUUGGAGUGUGCGGCCGAAGGGCAUCCGACUCCACAGGUGGCAUGGCAGAAAGACGGUGGAACAGACUUCCCUGCCGCCCGAGAGCGGCGCAUGCGUGUGAUGCCUGAUGAUGAUGUGUUCUUCAUCAUGGACGUGAAGCCAGAGGAUAUGGGCGUUUACAGCUGCACGGCUAAAAACACAGCAGGCAUGAUCUCUGCCAACGUCACCCUAACAGUGCUAGAGACCCCUCAUCUGGCACAGGAAAUGGAGGAUCGUAACGUGGUGGUAGGCGAAACCGUUGCGUUGCAGUGCAAGGCUUUAGGCAGUCCACCUCCUCGUAUUACCUGGCUGAAGGGUGAAGAGCCUCUUCGAGUCAGCGACCGUCACCACUUCACUCCAGGAAAUCAGCUGUUGGUGAUCGGCAGCAGCACGUUAGAGGAUGCUGGACGCUACACGUGUGUGAUGUCCAAUACGCUCGGCACCGAACGCGCUCACUCACAGCUCACCGUCUACCAGAGAUUUGAGGAGUGCGCACCUUUUACCAGCCCCAGCACUGUUACUGUAGGCAUCAUCAUCAUCGCCGUGGUCACCAGUAUUGUGGUGACGUCACUAGUUUGGGUGUGUAUUAUCUACCAGACCAGGAAGAAGAGCGAGGAGUGCAGUGUAAACACAGAUGAGACGAUUGUCCCUCCUGAUGUUCCCAGUUACCUGUCCUCCCAGGGCACUCUAUCUGAGAGACAAGAUGUGUGCAUACGAGUGGAGUCCAAUGGGGGAUCUCAGCCCAAUGGACGAAUAGAAAGCAAUGGCUACGAUGUGCCGGUCGUGUGCGCAGACUGCUUGGAAAACGGCACCAGCUACUCCAAACACUGUAACUACCUCCCUCAUGACAUAGCGCCCCCUUCAGGCCUGGAUUAUCAGCAGACGCACCAAACAUCGACUUUCACCAGCCACAACAAUGAACCACACUGCAACGGCACACCAAACGGCCUUAGAAAAGACAACCAAACACCCAUCUUUCCCACCAACCAUGACAGGGUGACAAUAUCACCCUCAUCAAACCAGUACAGCGACCGAAACGGAUUGUUGGUGAACAGGUCAGACACACCACCGUCACUGGAGGAGUCAUACCAUCGGCCAGUAAAACUGCUGUCUGAGGACUGUGACAUUGGGUCGGAGCUCACACAGACUCUAUUACCUAACGGACACACAUAUACGCCCAGUUCAGCUCUAACCCAGAGCCAAUCCUUCAGGCGGGACAGCGAAUAACGCCACACCAAGCCUCUUCUUGAUAUCCUUUUGCACUGAGAACUGCUACCUCACACUGAGGGGCACAGAAAAAACCCGCCCCAUCUUUCUGAACAGAACUAGGGGCGUCCGGAGUUUGAAGGUUAUGAAGCUUGAACGGGGCGAUGACGACGUCCCAUACGAGCGUUAUUGAUGUAUAUAGGUAUAAAUCCUCCUCAGGGAGGCUUCAUUCACACUUCAGAAAUGUGACUUGCAUUUGACGCAUGCAAAAUAUAUGACAGAGUGCUAUAACGUCGGGCUUGGAGCUGUACAUAAGAGUUUUCAUAUAUAAAGAUAUGAAUGUAUGUAUACUGUAACUUUUACAAACGAGUGGCGGACUAUUCGGUGCAUGGUGAGAUCAGAGUGGUUCUUGUUUUUUGUUUUUUUAAAGAUCUCUCCUGCUUUUCCCAGUUUUAUAAGCUGUGCCUUAUUGCCACAAGUUUGGUUUUUGUCUGGAGAUGUCGGUGUUGUGUUACCUUUUGUAAAAAUGGGAAAUUUGUCACGCACUUGAAGUAUAUAUAAGUAUAAAUAGGUCGGAUUAAAGGAAUAUUCCAGGUUAAACAUGAGAUAUAGAGUACCCAUGGUUAUAAAUAAGUGGUAAAAAAAGAACUAGAAAAAUAUUGAACAUUAGGUCUUUUUUUGUUGUUGUUUAAAUUGGACAUUUCUCCAAUUCUACGGUUCAGAUUUGAGGAGGUCAUUAGUCUUUUUUUUUGAGCAUAGAUGCAUAAAAUGAAUCAAACGAGACGGUAAAUAUUUUUAUAAUGAAGCAAUUAAGUUCUUUUGAACUUCUUUUACUUUACUUUUUAUCAAAUAAAUGCAGUCCUGGUGAGUGUUUACUUAAAAACUAAAAUAAACAGUCCUCUGAUGCUCUUUUAUUUACUUGGUUUUUUAAAAGUACUUACUGUUACUAUCUAUUUAUGAAGCAAUUAUAAUCAACCGUUUCAACAUAUUUUUAAAAUAACAUUUUGAAUUAACCCAUAGUGAAUGGUGAAUACUUUGAGCUCAUUGCUUUUAAAAAGAUGACUUGUUGCAGAUUAUUCCGGGAAAAUGAAAUGGAAAAUUGCUUAAUUGUUAUAAACAAAAUAUAAAUGGAACACUUUAUAUGAAACCUUUAUUUUUCUUAAUACAGAAUCGUUUUACUGUAAAAUUGUGAGAAACUCAAAGCCCAAAACAAAAAGGACAAAAACGUCUGCUAAAUGACUGAGGACGUUUACAUGGUCAUCAAUAAUCAGAUUUUAAUGCGAUUAAGACAAUACUCUGAUUAAGAGUCUAUGUACACAGCGAUUUUUAAUUAAUUUAAUCCAAUUAGGGUCAUAAUCGAACUAAGCAGAAAUCAAAUUAAGACAUGGAGUAUGCUGAUUUUAGUGCGGUACAGACAUGUAAACACCGCAAUCAAACUAUUGAUUGUGUCGGAGUUUCGCUGCAUUCGGCGACAGGAUAGUCAAUACACACACUGCUGUUUGACACUAUUCUCUGCACCUACCGAGUCAGUGAAGGAACACAGACACCUGCAUCAUGAAAUGCGGAGUUAUUUUCCCCAUAUCAAAUUGCAUUAAAACAACACUAUUUCAGCAGUUCAAACUCUCAUCCAAUAUCUGGUUUGUCACGAGGGGCAUGCAUGAAAUGUUCCUGAAUGAAAGUGAAUGUGCCAAAUUGCAAUUAAAGUCGACAAAAUAAAAAUGAAACACCCGAAAUUACAUGAAACUCCGGAGGAAACGUAAAGCGUGGUGACGCAAUGAUGUUAAUCGAAUUAUGUGCUAUAACAUGUAAAAACUAGAUCAUGAAAGGAACAUUCAGAAAGCAACUCAUGUAAACAUCUUAAUCUUAGUAUUGUCUUAUUAACAUUAAGGCAAAUAAUUUAAUUACUGACGUCCAUGUAAACGUAGUCAAUGUAAAAUCGAAAAGGUUUGUUUACUUAUUUGAGUUUGAUAUCUCUAAAAAUGGGCUUAGAGUAAUUCAUUCAUUUUUUUAUACGCUUAUUUCCAAUAAAAGAGCAUCAGAGGGUUAAAACGUUUUUCUUAAAUAUUUAGAAUUGACAUUUAAGUAAUUGUAACUCAAAAAAUAAUGACAAUUCACUAUUCAAUUUCCAAGCAAAAUUGGGAUCAUAUGUGACGCACAUACAUUUACAUGGUUUACAAAGACUCUCCAUAGACGUAUUUUAUACUCCAAAAACUGCUUAUUAUAUGACCUUAACGUACCCCUAAACCCAACCCUCAGGGGAAACUGGUAGCAAAUUUUGAACGUCGAAAGACCCCUUGAAAUAUUUUUAAGCAUUUUGAACUACAAGGACAUAAAACAUUACAAGGACACAAAACAGUCCUCAUAUACCACCUUAGAGUACAACUAGUUCAUCCCCACAAGUUUGCAUCCUUGUAAACUACAUAAACAAGUACACACACUCAAAACAGAUCAAGUAUUAUAUGUGCUAUCAAUAUCUAGUGUUUAUCCUGGAAUAUUCCAUAAUCAUAAUAUAUACGCUGUGAUCUGUGAUGAAGGAAGAGCUCCUCGUUGAAUUUUCAGGUCUGUUAUGGUACAGGAACUGCAAACAUUGGCACACGGGAAAUUAUAAGCACUUUGAUGAAUCUUACAAAAGCUGAGCACUCUUACACCCUGAACUUGUGCCGCAAUCGAGCCUUUUCCAUUAACAAAGGUACACGCCACUAAAAGUAGAAUCAUCUGAAAUAAACGUCUUUUUAACACUUGGGGAAAUAUUACGACUAUCAAAUAAUGAAACAUAGGGAGAGUCGUUCUAACAGUGACUUCUAGCUAACAUCAAAACCAAACGCUGCCAAAACACUAAAGGGAAAAUAAGAGUCUCUAGAAAGAGUCGAGCUCCAUUUUGCAUUCAGGGUUUUCCUUCAACCACAGAAUGUCUUUGUGUAAAGGGAAAACAAAGCAUCAACAAGACUAAAUCUGCUAGCGCGUAGCUAUUGACAUUAUUAGUUAGCCUGAGCCAAACAGGUUCGUUUUGAAAGCCCGGUUUCUUUGUUUUUUGAACUUAACAUCUCUACUACUAAACUAGGGGAGUGUUUUGUAAAGGUAGAUUACAGCGGAUGCCAGUUUAACCCUGAAAUGUUUUGAUACUGUGGUUAGCUGGCUACGCUAGCUCUGUGAAGAAGGCCAUGAACUGUACGGAUGUGUGCCUCAGCCCGUUUCAUACGGAUUAAUUUAUUGAAAUAUUGAGCUCUAAUCACAGCUGUUUCACCUACAUGCCUAAAACUGUGUCAGAAAAGUGUCAAAAUGGCGGAUGUUUAUUAAAGUCACAUUUUGCUCUUUGA